AUGCUUGCCGUCCGAAGGCUCGGCACGGUGACUGAUGGCAGCGUGUGGAGGGCGGUGCACACAGUUCGGUUCCAAGAGGGAUGGCGAGCCAAACAUGACGGUGCUCGUGUGGAUCAUCCCACCAAACAUGACAAUGCCCGUGUGGACCAUGUCACCAGCGCGGCACCUACACGCACACGUACACCGAACGAGAUCAGGAACGUGGCAUGGAGUAGGGAGGAGGAGGCAGUGCUGCGCGAGCUGAUCGGCAAGAAGAUGGACAAGAGGUCGAUCGCAGAGGCCGUUGGACGCUCACAUAAUGCGGUGGUCAAUCGCCUGUGGGUUCUACGACGAGAUGGGCAAGAACUGGUCCGCAGAAGACGAUGGACACCGGCCGAGCAUCACCACAUGCUCGAUCUCUACGCCGUCAACUUUCCCCCGGUCCUCAUAGCGGCGCGCUUGAAUCGCACCAUAAGAAGCAUCUAUUGUCGAAUCUUAAAGCUGCGGCAGACCAAAACGCCCUUCAAGCCCAAGUUUAAAUCUCCUGCUAUCACUCCAUCGGACAAGGAGACGAUGCUCUCACUCCGAGAUGCGGGCUGGACCGCGGAUCGUGUGUGCGCCGAACAUUUCCCUCAAUACACGGUGUCUUCCGUCCGCCAUGCCUGUAAUUACUACCGUUCCUACCGCCACACUGGCACGGAGAGGUCAUUUCAUAAGUGGUCGGAGGAGGAGGUGAAGCAGCUGGUGGAAUUGCGGCGAGAAAAGGUGCGCUGGAAGGUGGUCGCGGCGACGCUUCAGUGCGGUAUCGCUGCCUGCAGGGCCAAAUAUUACAGAGUCAUGACUUCUCAUGCGGGAGUGGACGAUGCGAAGCGUGGCGUAUCGCCUUCUCCAGCGCUUGCCGGGGGAGAAAAAGAGGGAAAGGAAGAGGGAGAGCAAAAGCAAAAGCAAAAGCAAAGGCGGGGAGAUGAGAUGGCUCAGCUUGGUGUUGAAGGACGGAAGGAAAGGUGA